AUGGGAUUCCCAGAGGCCGGUCUGCCCAUUACACGUAUGACACAGGACCAAACACAGAGACUCACAUGGAUUUUCCGGCCAGAUGCCCCUCUCUCCAGCUGCCUUCUCUCACCAUUUAUCAAGGAUUUGGACCAGGACAAGAAUGGCUCGGCCUUUAGCUUGCCUGCCCCGGCGACCCCAAUGGGUAACGUGGUAACACAGUGCCAAAAUAAAUUGCAGACACAGAGAUACCAGCCAGGAGGAGGAGGAGGAGGAGGAGGAGGAGCUGCGGAGGAAAGUUUGGGAAGAGGAGAAGCAGCUGAGGAUGGAAGUUUGGGAGGAGGAGGAGUUGAUGAGGGAAGUUUAGGGGGAGGUGCUGCAGAGAGAAGUUUGGGAAAAGGAGGAUCUGCGGAGGGAAGUUUAGGAGGAGCUGAUGAGCGAAGUUUAGGAGGAGGAAGAGUAGCUGUGAAUGGAAGUUCGGGAGGAGGAGAAUGA